GGCAGGUUCCAGCAGUCCCUUCUCGUAUCGGCGGACACUCGUUUGAAAUAGCGUUGUUACGCAUUUCUUUCCGCAGCUCAAGUACCCUCCAUUUUCACCAACUUUACCAAGGUUCUCCGCGACACAUACCGCUUUACAUUUUGAGAUGGGCAGUGGCAAUGUACUAGAGGAGACGUACCAGAAGUGGUUGUCAUACAAAGAAGCUUGCAUGCGAAUGAUGCAAAAUGAGCCUCUAAGUGAAGGGUUGUUCUGUAACAGGACAUUUGACAGAUACGCCUGCUGGCCAGAUUCUCCAGCCGGCACGCUGGUCAAUAUUUCGUGCCCAGUAUAUCUGCCGUGGUUCGACAAAGUUUCCCAAGGUGUUGUGCGGCGGCGGUGUGGUGCCAAUGGUCUUUGGGAGCUGGAUGGUAAUGGACAUGUGUGGCGGGAUAUGACCCAGUGUGAGGAGGAAAAAGAGGUUACAUCCAAUGAGCUUUGGUUUAAGGAGGUGUUGGUGAACUUCAAAGUGCUGUACACUGUGGGCUACUCCUUAUCUCUGAUCACCCUCACCAGUGCUCUGAUUGUUCUACUGAGCUUCAGGAAAUUGCGUUGCACAAGAAACUACAUCCAUGCCAACCUUUUCUUGUCGUUCAUCUUGAGAGCUGUGUCGGUGAUGGUCAAGGACUCGUUGCUGGAGCGUCAUUGGGGUCGUGAAAUCCACAAACAAACCGACGUGAGCGACCUGCUCAGUCACCAGGCUGCCAUUGGCUGCAGGAUAGCACAAGUGGUGAUGCAGUACUGCGUGCUGGCCAAUCACUACUGGUUCUUUGGAGAAGCCAUCUAUCUGUACUCGGUGUUGAUUUCCUCUGUGUUGAUUGACAGCAGCAAGUAUUUUCCUUACAUCUGUCUGGGCUGGGGAACACCAAUUCUAUUUUUAAUUCCCUGGGUUGUGAUGAAGAUAUUGAAGGAAAACAAAGAGUGUUGGGCUUUCAAUGGAAACAUGAGCUACUGGUGGAUUAUUCGUUUCCCGAUCUUCUUGGCUUCAGUUAUUAACUUCUUCAUCUUCAUGAAGAUUCUCAAAAUGAUUUUUUCCAAGCUUCGAGCCAGCAAUCAAAGCGGAUACCCUGAUUACAAAAUUCGGCUGGCGAAGGCAACAUUGACACUCAUCCCCCUAUUUGGAGUUCAUGAAAUCAUCUUCCUCUUUGCCACAGAUGAGCACACCACAGGAAUUAUACGUUACAGCAAAGUUUUCAUCACUCUUUUUCUGAACUCAGUGCAGGGUUUUCUGGUGGGAGUUCUCUACUGCUACGCUAAUAAUGAGGUGAGGGCGGAACUGAAGAAGAAGCUGUGCAGCUGGAGGAUAGCGACUUCGACUGUGUGUUGUGGGCAGUGACUAGCCGUGUACGACUCUCGCGUUGACCCCUUUUCAGCCGCGUCAGUGCAGGAGCCGAACAGAUCCUCCACAAUAACACGCCGAGCGAUGCCUGAAUCCGUACCAAUGUGUGAUGUUCCUCAGACCUUCAAGGUUCAAGGGGAUGAUUUGCAAUCUGCAGUAUCCUUGUUGCAUUGCCCACACCCUGCAAUGGUGGACACUGCAGAACCGUUGGAUCAAGAAGCUGGACUAUCGCUUGAAUGUGCUCAAGGUCCUUUUGUCAUACACCUCAAAGAUCCUGUGGAGCUCCUCCCAAAUGUUGUAGAC